GUCCUGCAGCAACUUGGCGGCCUCGCAGGAGGCGAUUGCCAAUGCAGAGACUAUAGUCGGGCGCACCAGCCGCCUUUUCAUCGACAACGCUUAUUUGGAGGCCGAGAACAGCGCGCGGCUUCCAGUUCUGUCUCCGACAGAUGGAAAAGAGUUUGUGGUUGCCUCAGUCUGA